UUUCUUUAUCUGAAUUGAAUUUCUCUCUCUCUCUCUCUCUCUCUCUCUCUCUCUCUAAACCGCAAUGCCGAAAGAGCAUCGAAUUCUACCUCCGCUGCUGCUUCUUCUUCUUCUCCAGCAACAACGACGUCGUUUCGCCGCUCCGUUGAACAUCGCGUUCUCAGAUUUGUCUCUUCCCUCCGCCUUCUGAAUAUCUUCCAAUUUCUUCAACUUGUUCUUACUCUCACUCAGGAGAGUGAAAUUUCAAUUACUCGUUGAUGACAUGGAGCAGUACGAAGUACUUGAGCAAAUUGGAAAAGGUGCUUUUGGUUCUGCACUUCUUGUCAAGCAUAAGCAUGAGAAGAAAAAAUAUGUUCUGAAGAAGAUUCGCCUUGCCCGUCAGACUGAGCGUUCCCGCAGGUCUGCACACCAGGAGAUGGAGCUCAUUUCCAAAUUAAGAAAUCCAUUUAUAGUAGAGUACAAAGAUUCAUGGGUAGAAAAGGGUUGCUAUGUAUGCAUCAUUAUAGGUUAUUGUGAAGGUGGAGAUAUGGCAGAAGCUAUAAAGAAAGCUAACGGUGUCAUGUUUUCUGAGGAGAAACUUUGUAAGUGGCUUGUUCAACUUCUUAUGGCACUUGACUACUUGCACAUGAACCAUAUUCUUCAUCGUGAUGUCAAGUGUUCCAAUAUAUUCUUGACAAAAGAUCAUGAUAUACGUCUUGGUGAUUUUGGACUUGCCAAAAUGUUGACUUCGGAUGACCUUACUUCCUCUGUUGUGGGAACACCUAGCUACAUGUGCCCUGAGCUCCUUGCUGACAUACCCUAUGGUUCUAAAUCGGAUAUUUGGUCCUUGGGAUGCUGUAUAUAUGAAAUGGCCUCGCUUAAGCCUGCGUUCAAAGCAUUUGAUAUACAAGCACUAAUUAACAAGAUUAAUAAGUCCAUAGUGGCUCCACUACCAACAAAAUAUUCUGGUGCAUUUCGAGGUCUUGUUAAAAGCAUGCUGCGGAAAAACCCAGAGCUUAGGCCUAGUGCUGCAGAGCUACUUGGGCAUCCACAUCUUCAACCUUAUGUUCUUAAGAUCCAUCUCAAAAUCAAUAGCCCCAGUCGAAAUACAUUGCCAGGUCGUUGGCCAGAAUCCGACUACAUUAAGAAAACUAGACUUUUUAGCCUGGAAGAUGAUCCUGUUUCCAUAUAUAGGGAUAAGUGGAAUACUUUUAGCAAUGAUCGGAACUUAAAUCCUAGUAUAUCUGGAGCAGAGCAAGAUUCUCAUUGCUCUACUCUGGAAAUAGAUUGUACUCCUGAUCAUUUGAAUGAAAGGUUAGCAGAACUGGAAGUUGAGGAUAGCCGUGAAGUGAAGUCAAUUCACAAGCCAGUUGUUUCUAGAACUUCUACCAUUGGCAAGACUUCAAGACACACUUCACCAAAAGCUUCUUCUAACAAGAAGAAAUCAACAGAACCCUCUAAGAAUUAUAAGGUGCUUCCUGCUUCUCACCAUAACACCAAACAACGUAUCCAUGGUCAGAGUCGCAGAGUAUCCCUGCCGAUGGCAAGAACUGGUGCCAUUCGGCAGCUGUCUCACAGGCCUAGCAUUGGCUUACUCGACCAUUUAAAUUCACCCAAUGUUUCGGUUAACGCCCCCCGUAUUGAUAAAAUAGCAGAAUUUCCAUUAGCAUCAUAUGAAGAUCAAUUGUUUCCCAUUGCUAGACCUUCAUCAACUUCUGCGCAGGGCUCCUGGGGCACCCCGCCCUGUGUCAAUGAUUCAACAAUGGUAGACAAAUGUACAAUCGAGCUAGGUGAUAGAGCCUACACCAGGCCAAAAUCUACAGAUUCUUGGCAGGGAAUUAAGCGCAGCAUUUUAAAGAAUGAUGAGGUUAAAAGUGGCUCAUCCGAUCAAAAUGCAACUGCUGGCGCAUCAAGUAACAACUCUUCAGACCUGCGGCGUCGACAGUUUGACCCUUCUUCAUUCCAACAAAGGGCUGAAGCGUUAGAAGGCUUGCUUGAGUUUAGCGCAAGACUACUACAGCAAGAAAGGUACGACGAACUUGGAGUUUUAUUAAAACCGUUUGGGCCCGAGAAGGUUUCCCCAAGGGAAACUGCUAUUUGGUUGAGCAAGAGCUUCAAAGACAAUAGUGCCAACCGGGAACAAUCGGUGUAAAUUGCAGCAAUAUGUACCAUUUUCACGAAACCAUUCAUUCAUGUUUGUAGAGUUCGGUCUUCCCCCUUCUCACGCCCUCGCUGACAUCUAGAAGCUGAUUUUGUAGAUUACUACGUGUUUUUAGUUUCCUCACGUGUUUUACUCUACUGAAAAAUGACAACUCAAGCCUUUGAUCUCAUGAAUGAUUGAAAAAGUGGGAUAAUUUCAUGCUGUUA